AUGGUGGCAUUGAAGAUAGAUCAGAAUGAUCCUUUAUACAUUGGGGCCUCAUACAGUUCGAGUGUUGUAUUGAUUCCCAUAAAGUUGAUUGGAUCUGAGAAUUAUGGAAUCUGGAGCAGGUCAAUGAGAAUUGCAUUGUUGGAAAAGAGGAAGUAUGGAUUUGUGACUGGUGCUUGCACUAGAGGUUUAUACAAAGAAGAUCUGCAUGAGCAGUGGGAAAUAUGUAAUGCAAUUGUGUUGUCAUGGCUGAUGAACACAGUCAGUGAGAAGCUUCUCAGUGGCAUUGUAUAUGCCAUAAAUGCCUUAUCACUUUGGAAUGAUCUCAAGGAAAGAUUUGACAAAAAACAACAGACUGUUUCAAGAAGCUCAGCUGAAGCUGAGUACAGAAGCAUAACUUCAGCAGUCUCAGAAAUCACCUGGCUCCUAGGCUUGUUCAAAGAGCUAGGAGUGUCUAUUCAGUUGCCUAUUACUAUUUUUAGCGACAGUAAAUCAGCCAUACAACUAGCAGCUAACACAGUGUUUCAUGAAAGGACAAAACAUAUCGAGAUAGAUUGUCACUUCAUCAGAGAUAAGAUCAAAGCAGGGGUGGUUGACACUGCCUAUGAACACACAUAA